AUGAGCAGAGGGAACGGUGAUGCCGAGAAGGUGGGACCCAUGUUCCCAAGGCUCCAUGUCAAUGACACAGCAGAGAAAGGAGGACCAAGAGCACCACCGAGGAAUAAGAUGGCACUCUAUGAACAAUUCAGUGUUCCCUUUCAAAGAUUCAACCCUAAUUCUAAUUCACUUCCUCAAACACGUUCCUCAAGCUUGGGAAAUGACCCUGAGAGAAGCUACAUUUUCCCAGUUUGCUUAUCUUCACAGACAGAAAGUUAUAUUUCUCACCAAUCUAAUGUAGCAAACAUGGAUGCUUUGUCAGCGCUUGAACAUAGAAAAAAAGUAGAUGGAGAUGAUAGUCGUGCAUAUGAUCGCAAGAGGAUUGGUCAAUCUAAUGAUAAAACAAUGAAGAGUUUCAAUGGGGAAACACUCACUCCUACGGGCUCUGGUAAUUUUGGUUGUUUAGUAUCCGAGAAUGUUGGUGACAAAGAUCAAACACAAUUUGGCUCCCUGCUCGUCAAAAUGAGAAAAGAUGUGAGAAAUAAGGGUGAAGCGCAUCUGCAAGAAAGCCUUAGUACACAGAAAACAGUAAUGCCCGUUGAAAGAUUGUCGACAGGAGAAAUUAUUGACAGUCCAGUGAGGCAAGCCGAGAAGAUUUCAGAUGAAGAGGAUCAGAGGGAUGCUUGCCUACAGCAGGAAUCCAAUUAUGUUGAACAUGGUGGAAGUCUCGUUGACUCUGCAAUGGAUAUGGAUAAUAGAAACAGCCUUGUAUUAAGAGGCUGCUUUCGUUCUACAGUGGACCAAACCAGUGUACUUGAAGCCGCCAACCAUACCGAGUAUCAUGAUACGAACAUUGACAGCCCAAUAGACAAUGGAACCUCAGAAGGAAGUGAUGAUGUAUCUAAGAAUUCCACUCUAGAAAAUAUGCCAAGCCCGAAACUUUCUCCUGAUGGGGUCGUAGAGAUAUUAGGUCAACAACAUUUUUGGAAAGCAAGACGAAAAAUUACCAAUCAACAAAGAAUGUAUGCGGUCCAAGUGUUUGAAUUGCACAGACUGAUAAAGGUUCAACAUCUGAUUGCUGAAUCAUCAAAUCUUUUGCUCGAUGCUGCUGCUAUUUUGGGAAAAUCUCCUCUGCAGGGAUCUAAUUCUAAAAGCCUCUCACUGGAAGAAGUUGUUGAACCUCAGGCACAAAAUCAUAAACAGCAAGACCAUUCUGAAAACCAAAACCAUAAAUUGGAUUGUUCUGCUGAAAAUGGAGUUGAGAAAACAUCGUUUUCAUCCCAAAAAUAUGGUAGCCACCUUUCAAAUUACACCUCUUUUCCUGGAAACUCAGACAAGACAAAUGUCGGAGCCCAGUGUUUUAAUCAAUCACCUGGACACCAGUGGUUAAUUCCUGUUAUGUCUCCUUCCGAGGGGCUUGUCUACAAGCCAUAUCCCGGUCCUGGAUUUCCUGGAGCUGUAUACGGUCCUCCAGAUGGUACAUUCAUGAAUCCUGCCUAUGGAGUUCCUAAUUUUCAUCAAGCGAUUGCGAUGUCACCGUUCAUUCCUCCAAGUAGUUAUGCCUACUUCCCUCCUCCCGGCAUGCCAGCAAUGAAUCAAUCAGUAUCAGGGUCAGUUGCUGAACAGGUAAACCAGUUUGUGGCACAAGGUUCUCGUGAGCGAAACAGUAAUUCAUCCUUAGUUGGAGCCGAUUUUGACACUCAUAAUCAAAGCUCGCGUAAUUUUUCAAAUCAGAAUAGGGGAGCCAUAUCACAUGUCACAAAAUCUAGGCCGUCUAGGGAAAGAGAGCUAGCAUGUAGUCCUAAUGAAGAGGCCCAGGGAAUAAGAAUAGAGAAAUCUUCCGAAGGAAGAGAUGCACGUCCGUCUUCCUUUACGGUUCCACUAGUAUCAGACGAAGUUUUUCAAUCGGUUGAAACAAGACAAAAACCACAGGUAAUCAGAGUUGUACCACAUAAUAACCCGCGGUCUGCAACGGUAUCAGCUGCUAGAAUUUUUCAGUCGAUCCAAGAAGAGAGAAAACAGUAUGAUCUAUUAUAG